GCAAGCGUCAGUAUGGAGCGCAAAGGAGUGUAGAAGAUGCAUUGUUCGGUCAAGUAUCUGCAAGAAAGAAAGGCUUUCGGAAAGGAAACCGGGGCUCUGCAAGAAAUCGCCAGUGUGUUUCGUCUUUUUUGGCUUGAACAGCGAGAUUUGCACCGUGUGCUGCCUCCGCAGCACGGACAAGUUGCUCCCAGCACCUACGUCCGAGUACAUACCACACACCGCCCUCUUCGUCCCUCAUCAUCCCCUGCUGCUGCGCGGGUGUGCUGUCCGGUACGAGUCAUAGGGUGUGUCCGGCACUCGCCCCGCAUUUCAUCUUUAGGAGAGUGCCGUUCCGUGCGGUGCAGCUCAAACUAAGGACGGAUCGAAGGUCAGUGUUUUUUCCUUCCAACCAUUUUUCCUUUUCCACUCCCCCGUUCUUUUUUGUGUCGCGUUGCAGUUGUUUGUCCCUGCAGAAGACAACAUGGCGGACUCUCCUGCUGUGGGUAUUGACCUUGGCACCACCUAUUCUUGCGUAGGUGUGUGGAAGAACGAUGCUGUGGAAAUCAUCGCGAACGACCAGGGAAACAGGACGACCCCGUCCUACGUCGCGUUCACCGACACGGAGAGACUUGUCGGUGAUGCUGCGAAGAACCAAGUCGCACGCAACCCGGAAAACACCAUUUUCGAUGCCAAGCGCCUAAUCGGUCGCAAGUUUGAUGAUCCCUCGGUCCAGUCGGACAUGAAGCAUUGGCCAUUCAAGGUCAUUGCUGGUCCGGGAGACAAGCCCCUCAUUGAAGUCACGUACCAGGGAGAGAAGAAGACGUUCCACCCUGAAGAGGUUUCCGCCAUGGUUUUGGGCAAAAUGAAGGAAAUCGCGGAGGCUUACCUCGGCAAGGAAGUGAAGGAGGCCGUCAUUACCGUUCCUGCGUACUUCAACGAUUCGCAGCGUCAGGCUACCAAGGAUGCUGGUACCAUUGCCGGCCUCAGCGUCCUCCGCAUUAUCAACGAGCCUACAGCGGCUGCCAUUGCUUAUGGUCUGGACAAGAAGGGCUGCGGUGAGAUGAACGUCCUCAUCUUCGACAUGGGUGGCGGUACGUUCGAUGUGUCGCUGCUUACAAUCGAAGACGGUAUCUUUGAAGUCAAGGCCACCGCUGGUGACACCCAUCUUGGUGGUGAAGAUUUCGACAACCGUUUGGUGGACUUCUGCGUCCAGGACUUCAAGCGUAAGAACCGCGGAAAGGACAUCAGCACCAACAGCCGUGCCCUUCGUCGCCUGCGUACCCAGUGCGAGCGCACCAAGAGAACUCUCUCUAGCAGCACUCAGGCAACCAUCGAAAUUGACUCUCUUUUUGAGGGCAUUGACUACUCUGUGUCUAUCUCUCGUGCGCGCUUUGAGGAGCUUUGCAUGGACUACUUCCGCAACUCCCUGUUGCCCGUCGAGAAGGUCCUCAAGGACUCUGGUAUUGACAAGCGCUCGGUCAGCGAAGUUGUGUUGGUUGGUGGAUCUACCCGUAUCCCCAAGAUUCAGCAGCUCAUCACUGACUUCUUCAACGGAAAGGAGCCGUGCAGGUCGAUCAACCCCGAUGAGGCCGUUGCGUACGGUGCUGCUGUCCAGGCAGCGAUCUUGAAGGGAGUUACCAGCUCUCAGGUGCAGGAUUUGCUUCUUCUGGAUGUUGCGCCUCUCUCUCUCGGUCUGGAGACAGCUGGUGGUGUCAUGACCAAGCUGAUUGAAAGAAACACAACGAUCCCGACCAAGAAGUCUCAGACCUUCACCACGUACGCGGACAACCAGCCAGGAGUGCUGAUUCAGGUGUACGAAGGUGAGCGUGCGAUGACCAAAGACAACAACCUCCUGGGCAAAUUCCACCUGGAUGGUAUCCCCCCCGCCCCCCGUGGUGUCCCCCAAAUCGAAGUCACUUUCGAUAUCGACGCUAACGGUAUCAUGAACGUCACAGCGCAAGACAAGUCCACCGGAAAGAGCAACCAAAUCACCAUCACGAACGACAAGGGCCGCCUCAGUGCGUCCGAAAUCGACCGCAUGGUGCAAGAGGCAGAGAAGUACAAAGCCGAAGACGAACAGAACAAGCACCGUGUGGAGGCGAAGAAUGGCCUGGAGAACUACUGCUACCACAUGAGACAGACCUUGGAUGACGAGAAGCUUAAGGACAAGAUCUCCUCUGAGGACAGAGACACUGCCAACAAGGCCAUCCAGGAGGCCCUUGACUGGCUGGACAAGAACCAACUAGCAGAGAAGGAGGAAUUCGAGGCGAAGCAGAAGGAAGUUGAGUCCGUCUGCACACCAAUUAUCACCAAGCUGUACCAGGCAGGUGCGGCUGCAGGUGGCAUGCCUGGUGGUAUGGGCGGUAUGCCUGGUGGUAUGGGCGGUAUGCCUGGUGGUAUGGGCGGUAUGCCUGGUGGUAUGGGCGGUAUGCCCGGCGGGAUGGGCGGUAUGCCCGGUGCAGGCAUGGGAGGCUCUGGCGGCCCCACCGUGGAGGAAGUUGAUUAACUGUUGAAACGGAAAGAAGUGAACAAAAACCCCAUGUGACGUGACAGUUUUUGGGUUCUUCGGAAGAAGAAAGUAACCGGAGUUUUGACUUCUCUCCAGUAGUGGUGUAUCGCACAUGCAUCAACUUCCGUGGAAGAGAGGUUGAAGAGGGGGAGUCCUGGUGUAUAUACACUGUGUGUAUAUAUAACAUCAACUUCAUAUUGUUUUCGAAAGUAUCGAAGCAUCAACUUUCUCGCAAAAAGAAACCCUGCCACCUAUGUGGAUGAGUCCCUUGCUGAAUAAUCCCUAAUUC